AGACAUUAGCUUAUCCUUACAGGUUUUUGUUGCUUCUCCUCCUAUCCUCCUGGCAGCCAUGCUGUGGAUCGCCGCCUUGAGCUUUGGAUUGGUGGGGGCUCAGCUGCUGCCUGAGCCACCCGUUGAUUUUGGUGAGUUGCAGCGCCUGAUGAACGAGGAGGGCAUGCUUACGGCUGAAGAGGUGCCCAGCACCAACCUUUCUAGCCCAACAAUUUGUGACAGCAGCGUGAAGCAACACUCUGGGUACCUGGAUGUGGCAGUGGGUACGAAGUACUUCUUCUGGAUGUUUGAAAGCCGAAGCAAGCCGUCCACUGAUCCAUUGGUGCUUUGGCUCACAGGUGGCCCCGGCUGCUCUUCCCAGUUUGCGCUGUUGGCUGAGAAUGGACCUUGCAACAUGGCCAAAAAUGGCACUGGCACAGAGAAGAACCCACACAGUUGGACAAACAACGCCAAUGUCAUUUGGGUUGACCAACCAGCUGCAACUGGCUUUUCCACGGGUCUGCCACUUGUCCAUGAUGAGACCGGCGUUGCCAGCAACAUGUACAAUUUCAUGCAGGAGUUCUACAAGGCCCUGCCGCAGUACAAGAAUUUGGACUUCUUCAUUUUUGGAGAAUCCUAUGCCGGCCACUACGUGCCUGCAGUGUCCCACUACAUUUGGCAGCAGAAUCAAGGAAAUGCCGGCUUCAAGAUCCCUUUGAAGGGCUUGGGCAUCGGGAAUGGUUUGACGGACCCUCAGGUGCAGUACAGCUGGUAUCCAGACAUGGCCUUUGAUGGUGGCAAGUCUGAAGGUGGCACCUUGGAGAAGGGUGUCAUUGGACGAGCUGGAACACUUGCAAUGAAGGCGGCCACCAUCCCUUGCAUCAAGCAGAUUGCUUCAUGCAAUGGAGGGGAUGCGAAUGCAUGCGCCACUGCCUAUGCCUUGUGCAAUUAUGGAGAGUUGAUCCCAUACCAACUCACAGGACACAACCCCUAUGACAUGCGCAUCAAGUGUGAAAAGCCUCCUCUCUGCUAUGAUUUCAGCAAGGUCGAAGACUUCCUGAAUGAUAAGAAGACCCAGUCUGAGCUUGGUGUCAACAAGAAGUGGGGCAGCUGCAAUCGCAUCGUGAACUUGGCGUUUCAGCACGACUGGAUGCUCAACUACCAGAACAAAAUCCCUGACUUGUUGAAAGCUGGCCUUCGUGUCCUGAUCUAUGCAGGCGACGUGGACUACAUCUGCAAUUGGUUGGGCAACAAGAAAUGGACCUUGGCCAUGGAUUGGCCUCACAAGUCGGAUUUCAAUUCGGCAGAGGACAAGGAGUAUCAGGUGGCUGGCCAGGUGGCAGGACGUUUGAGGUCUUCCAAUGGCUUCCACUUCAUGCAGGUCUACCAAGCAGGUCACAUGGUGCCAAUGGAUCAGCCUGCAGUGGCCAAUCAGAUGCUGAACGACUUCAUCCAGGGCAAGUUUGACAAGCAAACUGCCAUUGUGGUUUGAAAUCCAUAGGCUACCACUACCUGUGUGGUAACCACCAAGUGGUGGUUCUGAUGUUUCAGUACAGACGUAAAGCCUAGCUUUACCACUUUCGAGGCCUUGCCAGUUGGGUUCGGUCUCGAGUCACUUGAGUCUUGGGAGAA